AUGGAAAAAACAAGAAAUAUUGAAUGUUCUCAUUUCAUAGAUAAGUCAGAUAAUUUUCCGGUAAAUUGCGGUAACCACAAAGCUGGUUCCGUACCAAACCCAAACCAAGAUCAAAUUCCCAUGUUCGAGAAUUCAACGGUCGUAGAGUACAGUUGCGAUAGUUUAGAUGGCAGUAUUUUUUAUAAAAUACACGCUAUUCCGAUACCAGUAAUGAGAUCUCCAGUUUGUUCUGUAACAGAAUAUUAUGACGAAAACAUCGCUCAGUUCGUUUGCAUGGUGAAGUAUCCAAAUUAUCAGAGUUACACCGUCGCUAUGCAAAUGGACGAACAGACCUUUCUGUGCAAGGGAAAAAAAGAUGAUAACCUACAAAGCACAUCCGUGUGUAUUCCUAUACAGUAUACAACGUUCAAAUUCAACAAGACAUUUUAUUUCAUUGAAAGUAAGCUGACUAUCAAAUAUAAGUAUCAAUUGUACCAACAUGGUUGUUCUGGAACAGAGAUGAAAAACUGCAAACUGGAAUAUAAAGAAUACACUCACCCAGUAACAAAUUUGAAGCCACCGGAGCCAGAAAUUGUUGGCGAACUUAAACGAAAAUUGUGCGACGAGGUGGAAUGCAAAUCCAAAAUAAACAACACAGAAACUGUUCAAUUUGAUUUCAUGUCCGAUCUAGCUCACGAGAAAUGUGGAAGCAGGAAUUUUUUAAUAUUGAGAGAGAGGGGACGAAACGCUUUGACUUGCACCACUACAAUUCAAAUUAUCCUGUCUGACAUGUUUAAAACCAUUGCUGUAGAGAAUGAUACUUGUUUUUUACUAGAUUCAAAAUCGUACAGCAACACUAGUCAAAAGAAUGUGGACGUUGAUGUGGAUGUGAAAGGUGACGCUCUGUCCAACUGUCCCCCAUGCGCAGAUAAGAAGAAAACGCAUGCUGUCGAAUCCAAUCUCGUCCCAGUAGAUACCGUGGUCAAUACGGUCUUUGGGAUUGUCGGAGUUUUGUUCACUACGAUGAUUCUCUGUGGCCUCAUGAUGUCCGCUCGCAACAAGAUGCGGACAAGCUUAGCUGACGAGUCGGAAACUGUUCAAGAUAUAAUUUCUCAAACAUCCGGACAAUAA